AAAGACGACAAUACAUGUUUGUUUGUAGUGUGGAGGGAGGCGUAAUGAGGGCAAAAGUCCUCAAAACUUAGUAGCCGCAAUUCGCGUGCGUAAUUCCGUGCUUUUUGCCCUUUAUUACUUUCCCCACGUAAUGCAAAAGCCGCCAGGCAGCAGUCUCGCGUGAUAGUUGUUAUACGCUAGUUGACUGGUCUGUCAUACUAGUCAAGAUUCAAAGUUCACUGUGAAGACAGCUGGAAGGAGUGCGUCGACUUGCAGUGUUUCAUCGACACAAUGGCUCAAUUUACUCUUGUAUCGGGCUCCGUGGGUUUAAUUACUCUCCAAAACCCACCUGUCAACGCGCUCAGUGCAGCAACGAGGCAGGGCAUCGUUGACAUGAUGAACAAAGCCCUCAAUGACCCUGAGGUGAAGUCGGUGGUUGUAUGUGGCCAAAAUAGAAUAUUCUGUGGGGGAGCUGACAUCAAAGAGUUUGGGACAAAGAUUUCUGGGCCUCCACUCAUACCGACGAUCCACACCAUCGAGGCUACAAACAAACCAGUGGUGGCAGCCAUAGAGGGGAGUGCUUUAGGUGGAGGCCUUGAGUUGGCACUGGGCUGUCAUUAUCGAAUCGCACAUUCUAAAGCCAGACUGGGGCUUCCAGAGGUGACUCUGGGUCUGCUGCCAGCUAUAGGGGGAUCCCAGCGUCUGCCAAGGCUCAUCGGAGUCCCAGCUGCCAUAGAACUUAUCACCACAGGGCGCCAUAUCACUGCUGCGGAGGCAUUGCAACUUGGACUGGUAGAUCAUGUUACCCGGAGCAGCACUGUGGAUGAAGCCAUUAAGUUUGCCCAGAGUGUUGAAGGAAAAUCCCUGGAUUCUCGUCGAAUAAGCAACUAUCCCUGUCCACACCUGCCUGAUUUGGAUGCUGUGUUUGAGGGGGUGAUGCAGGAGGUGCGACAAAAAGCCCAUGGAGCCAUAGCACCAAUAGCGUGUGUCCAGGCAGUCCGGGCAGCUGCCACCCUGCCCUACUUGGAGGGCAUGGAGAUAGAGAGACAGCUGAUGGAAACUCUCUUCACGUCAAGCCAGGCCCGUGCCCUGCAGUACACUUUCUUUGCUCAGAGAGCUGUCAGCAGGUGGAGCAUGCCCAGUGGAGCCCGCUGGGACACAAGCAUGCCUAAACCUGUACAUAAAGCUGCUGUCAUUGGUCUUGGCACCAUGGGGAGAGGCAUAACCGUGGCCUUGGCCCAGGCGGGUUUGUCUGUGGUUGCUGUGGAGACCCAGGAGAAGCAGUUGAAGGAGGCAAAGCUUGUGGUGUCAGGCAUUUUGGAGCGAGCGGCUCAGAGACGGGGCAUGGCCCCUACACUUGCCAAGAUCACUUACAGCCAUGACAUCCGAGCUGUAGCAGACGUUGACCUGGUCAUUGAGGCUGUGUUUGAAGACGAGGCUCUGAAGGAGAAAGUCUUCCAACAGCUGUCUGCUGUUUGUAAACCAGGCACUUUUCUGUGCACCAACACCUCCUCGCUAGACGUGGACCACCUGGCCUCCCUAACCCACAACCCAGAGCUGGUGGUUGGAAUGCACUUCUUUGCCCCAGCCCAUGUCAUGAAGCUCUUGGAGGUGGUGUAUGGAUCCAAGUCCUCACCUGAAGCCUUGGCCACUGUCAUGCAACUAGGAAAGAGAAUGGGCAAAGUCAGUGUGGCUGUUGGAAACUGCUGGGGCUUUGUGGGGAACCGCAUGCUGAAACCAUACAUGGAACAAGCCUUUUACCUGUUAGAAGAGGGAGCUACACCUGAGUUGGUUGAUCAAGCACUGGUGGAGUUUGGGUUUCCCAUGGGUGUGUUCAGGAUGUCUGACCUCUCCGGGACCGAUGUGUACUGGAAGAUCAGAAAGGAGGCAGAGCCUGUUGGGGCAUCAGGGCAGGAAGCUAGAGUACGAAAAGGCCUCCGGUAUAGCCCACUGGGAGAUCUGCUCUGUGAGCAGGGCCGGUUUGGUCAGAAGACUGGUCAGGGAUGGUACCAGUACGACAAACCUGGCAGCAGGGUUGCAAGACCUGAUCCUUGGGUUCACAACUUUCUUGAAGAGUACCGGGCCCGCCAUGGCCUGGUGGCACGUCGCAUAGACCACGCGGAGGUGCUUGAGCGCUGCCUUUAUUCCCUGAUCAACGAGGGCUUCCGCAUCCUUGAGGAGGGAAUAGCUGCAGGGCCUGAAGACAUAGAUAUGAUCUAUGUGUUUGGCUACGGCUGGCCGAAGCACCGUGGAGGCCCCAUGUUUUACGCCAGCAUGGUGGGCCUGGCCAAGAUCUUGGAGAGGCUGGAGCAUUACCACAGAGCCCACCCUGAUGUGCCCUUCAUGCAGCCCUGCAGCCUCCUGAGGAAGCUGGUGACCUGUGGCAGCCCACCUGUCCACAAGUGGAAGGAUGUCAUCAAGAAAAUCCACAGCCAGCUUUAAAUUUCAAACAUCACAGCAUGGAUCAUGAUUAUCUUACACUAUGAAAAGCCCCAAAAAAAACCAGACAGUGUGUUUUUCCAACAUAAAUGUAUCGCUGAUUGAGGCUGAACAUUUUGAGGAAAAUAUUUAAUUGUGUGUUAUAUAAAUAAUAUAAUUAUUUGCCAUGGUUCAGCUCAAUAUUCACUGUGAAAGAGAAUUAAAAUGUGAUGGAGCAUCGCAACAGUUGUUUACUAAAUGAAUAGCCAAUGAUUGUGAUUGAUCAUUGGAGAGUUUUUUUAAUAAUUAAAACAAGUUAUCUUUGCUUCAUAUAACAAAAAAAUUAAAACAAAAUAAUUUUGGUUUGUGGACAAAACAAGACAUUUGAGAACAUCUUUAUUCGGGAGAGACGACGUGUAAUGUUUUUCAACAUUUUCUGACAUUUUUAAGACCAAACCAAAAAAAAUCUAUUCAAUUAAUUAAUCGUCAUUGUGAGUUUGUGAUUCGUCUACUUGUCUAUUUGAAAGCCAUUAAUUGUUCAGCCCUACAGUAUAUUAUGGGUAGUGUGGGUGAUUAUGAGUGACUAAUUUUCCAAAUACCUCUAAACUGUAUUAUCUCAUAUCUAAUUUCAUCAAAAUCUUAUGUUUGGGAGGGUUAUACUUUUGGCUGAUGCUGUUCUGAGAUUUUCAACUUGCAAUAUAUUGAUUCUAGUA